AUGUUUAAAAAAUUUUCUAAAGAAGAUAUCCAUUCCCGUUCUAACGUUAAAUCUUCAAUUCAAAGAACUUUAAAAUCUAAAUUAGUAUCCCAAUAUCCUGCCCUUGAGCUUGUUAUUGAUGAAUUAAUUCCAAAAAAGAGUCAUAUAGAAUUGAUUAAAUGUGAAGAUAAAAUUCAGUUAUACAGUGUGGAUGGAGAGGUUUUGUUUUUCCAAAAAUUUGACGAAUUAAUACCAAGUUUAAGACUUGUUCAUAAAUUUCCUGAAGCUUAUCCAACUGUUCAAGUUGAUAGAGGUGCCAUUAAGUUUGUUUUAUCCGGUGCAAACAUCAUGUGUCCUGGGCUAACAUCAGCUGGUGCUAAACUACCAGACAGUCCAGGUUUAGAAAAAGAUACUAUUGUGGUUAUUAACGCUGAGAACAAAGAAAAUGCUCUAGCUAUUGGCAAAUUAUUAAUGAGUACUGAAGAUAUUAAAAAAAUUAACAAAGGUCAUGGGGUUGAAAUGAUUCAUCAUUUGGGUGAUCCACUUUGGACAUUUAGUAUUGAAUGA